AUCAGUCAGAGGAAAAGUGCAUUCGCCAUUGUUUGCAUUCAGUUAAGGAAAGAACAGCUAACUUUCGUUGUUUUGCGUAGUCAUUUCUAAAUUUUACGUGUAGUGCUAAAGGAAAUUUUAGUUAGUUUUAGCCGAGUUUGGGCGAAGGAUGAUGCAAUUUUCCAGUGCCAAUAAAGAUUAGUAUAAGGGGAAACUAUUAUUAGCGGCCCAAAUCCAAUUAGUGGAAGGCUUCCUGGUGGGGAUCGAUCGAUUCUCUGUUACUGUAACCCAUAAGGAAGUAGCACCAGCAGAGUGCCAGACUCGGAGUGGAACAAUGCUGAGCGAUUAUUCGUUGGUUUCUUCGGACGGAGACGAAUCGAGCAGCUAUGCGGAAUACACCACGGAAGACGACACGGAGGAGGAUGUGUUCUUUCAGCUUAGUGGAGGUCAGCAGGAACCGGUCGGGAAUAUGGGCAAACUGGUCACGAUCAAACAGUACGUCCAGGAUGUGGUGGAUUUCAGUUCCCAGUACGGGAGUGAUACGAGCAUAUCGUACACGGCUUUCAACGUUACUGGGAAACCGUCCAAGUAUCCGGAUUAUGGGGACUUUCCAGAGACGUUUGCUUUUCGAACUUACGGUCCCUGGUGGAAGUUGGCUCCGUCGGCUCGAACGGAAUUCAGUCCCCAGAACUUCACCGACGCAUCUCCGGUGGACGACUACAUUUUGCUCCGGUUCGAAGAACCUGUUUGUCCGGAGAUGAUCAAGAUCUUUGAGACGUACAAUCCAGGAGGGAUAGUGCGCAUUUGGGCUUAUACUUUGACGGAACAGUGGGUUUGUCUGUGGGACAUCUGCGAAGCAGAUGACAGUGGCUCCCCUGUCGAGCGGAACAAGGCACGGGUGUUUUGCCCUCGGCUAAAAGCCUGCCUCGAUCCAACCCGCUAUAUCCGGUUGGAAUUCAAUCAUAUCCGCCUGCAAUACUCCACCCAGUUGGAUGCGGUUCUGCUAGUCGGGCAGAAGUUUGUGCCUUCCGGAAAUUUGAAGGGAAAGCAUCCGUUGAGUCUGCUGGUAGAGAAGGGACCCAUUCUGAAAAAGUUGGAGCUGGAAAAGUUCCGCCCGGUUGUGUCAGCGGAUCGCGAAGCAAUCCUCCAGGAAUUUCUGCGAACGGGGUUGGAUGAGUUUGUUCAGGAAUUUAGCCAACAGCAGGAAGACAGAACUAUUGCUGCGAGGAACGAAAACCAGUCAGGAAGCGAUAGUAGAAGCGAGACGCCCACCGAUCAAAGCACUUCCGUAGACGAACUGACGUUGGAUCAUUUGCCCUACGAGGUACUGUUCAAAAUCAUGUCCUUCCUGGACUUGAGGUCAAUGUAUCGCUGCGGAAGGGUCUGCCGGACGUUCAAUCAGAUCGUAACCGUGAAUUCGCUGCUCUACUCAGAGGUCAAUCUCAAACCGUACUGGAACUGCGUCUCGUCGGCACUGCUGCAGUCGUUGAAGAAGCGUUGUGCCUACACCAAAAAGCUGGACCUAUCAUGGUGCGGCAUGUUCAACAAACUCACGUCCACCGAUUUCAAAGACUUUCUAUCCGGUUGCGAUCGCAGUCUAACCCACCUGCGCCUGGACUCUUGUAAGUUCCUCGGCGCCAAUAACUGCCUGGAGGCCAUCGGUUCCCACUGUUUCGAAAAUCUCCGGGAACUGACCCUCCAAAACUACCACCCCGAAGUGGAAGACUUCUCCGGGCUGUACUACUUCCGCAAUCUGGAACGCCUGGACCUGAAUCGUACCACCAUCAACACCCAAUCGCUCCUGAUAGUCCUUGCCCGCAACGAACAUCUGCGCCAUCUUAACCUCGCCUUUUGUUCCCUGGACGUCAACAUGGACGACAUUGCCCUGCAAAUCUCCAAGUACAACCGCCAACUGAUCUCGCUCGAUAUGUGGAAAUCCCACUCACUAACAUCGCUCGGGCUGGAAGCCCUCAGCAAGUGUACUUUCCUGGAAGAGGUUGACUUUGGCUGGUGCCUCCGGGAGGAACCUUCCCCGGGCGAAUCCGUUCGCCUGUUGGUCAAAAGUUGCCCAGGCCUGAAGAAACUGUUCCUGGCAGCCAUCCGAGGCCUUACCGAUCGGGACCUGGAGGUGAUUGCCAACAGCUGCGAGAAUCUGGAACAGCUGGACCUGAUGGGCAUCAUGGGCAUAUCCACGGAGAUGUGCUAUCGGUUGCUGUGCCGCUGCCGGAAGUUGAAACUGCUGGACCUGAGCUUCUGUGAUAAUUUGGACGAGCUGCAAAUUGCGCUCUGGAGGGACUGCUUCGAUGUGGCCAUCAAGAGGAGUCUGGUGGACUUUGGAUUCGGAUCGCAGCGCAGCCAGCACGGGGAGUUCUGAGCAGGUAAGAAGCUGGUGGUUCUGUGUGCGUGUUUUUGUGCAUUCCAAUUUUUUUUUCUCCUAAAAGUGAUGUGAUCGCUAUGAACGAAAUAUUUUAAAUGGUAAACGCAGAUUUACUAAUUUUAUUCAAUAUUUAUUCGACUGAUUAAUGUCAAUGGCCGAAGAGGCUGUGGUCAGGAGAGAAGGUUAUUAAGUAGAUUUUUUGAAGCGUGACAGCGUGACGCGUGUUGUUAUUCGAAAGAAAUUCCGUGGCCUAGGCAGGACAGGCGAUAUCUGUGUCUCAAAUGGAAUAAUGUAAUGUAUUAAGUGGUGUUGUAUCGAGAACAUCUAGUUUAUUUGAUGAUGUUGUUAGGGGUAGGAACUAGUGAGAACCAAAAUGAAAAC